UUCAUAUAAAAGUGUAAAAAAAUUUUUUGUUGUUUACUAAAGAGAAAAAACUUGAAAGCAGAAGAAACCUCAGUUCAACUUGCACAUUUUCAGUUAUAACAUUUUUAGUUUUGUUUAUAUUUUUAUUUUACCAAAAAUUUAUUUUUUUCUUCUUCAAUUGUGUAAAUAAAUACCUGUACAAGAAUUAUUGCAUUUAAAGUACCGUUGUAUGGUGUCCUUAUUAAUUUUAUUAGGAAAACUCAGAAAUCAAGAUUUGGUAAAAUGCAAAAGGAGGUAAAUUAAAGGGUAAUAAAACAUAAAACAGUUCAUCAACAAACUCAGGCCCGGUCCCAUUGUACUACCCACUCUAGAUAACUAUAGCUACAUGGGACUUGGGUUACACACAAUGCCCCAACUUCAUUGGAAUUGGGGUUCUAUCUAUCUGUCUAACUGUAGUUACUUUCACUGUAUUAUAAGUCAAUUACAGUAAAACAGUUGUGUAAUACUCAUGUAACUGCACACGUAAUCCACAUGUAAUUGAUGAGGAUGACUAUGGGUGCUGGAUGUUUCUGGAGAAGGCACACAGACACACAAAUAAACCACACCCCUGUUCAGCAGCAAACAUGGUACAGUCUCAGUGCUGGUGAAGUACCCGUGCAGCACCAGGACGAUCCCACAGGGCCAGAGGUAGGGGUGUGGGGGGAUCAGGGUUACAGACAGAUUAACCACAUGGAGUCCUAUAAAGCUGCUGUGUAAUCCUCAUGCUGCAGACACAUUCAGAGCAACAACAGAUAUCGUACAACAAAACCCCACUGGGGAAGAGGGACGAAGACAUUUGAUAGUUUUGGAUUUUAAACAGCAACAUCUUAUAAGCAAAGGAGCUCAAAGAAAAAGUCAUGAAAAAGGGAAAGGUGAGCGCCGAAAGCAAAGAGAACAAUGAGCCGCCCAGUUAUAAAGAGGCCACUGCAGGCUAUGAGGAGAUGGAGGCCCAGUUUGCAUGGGAUGACAUGACCAUCAGGAAGACCUUCAUCAGGAAGGUUUAUGCCAUCCUCAUGGUCCAGCUGUUGGUAACCACGGCGAUCAUCGGCCUCUUCACAUUUUGUGCACCUGUGAGGUUUUAUAUUCAGACUCAUCCCGGCCUGUACAGUGCAUCAUACCUCUUGUUUUUUUCCACCUACAUUACGCUGUGCUGCUGUGGAGAUUUGAGGAGGCAGUUUCCAUGUAACAUCAUUCUCUUAAUUCUCUUUACUUUGAGCAUGGCUGUCAUGAUGGGAUUUGUGUCAAGCUUUUACAACACGUCAUCAGUGUUGCUGUGUGUGGGGAUCACAGCUCUGGUUUGUCUUAGCGUCACCAUCUUCAGCUUCCACAGCAAGAUUGACGUCACUUCCUGUCAGGGCGUGCUGUUUUCUCUGUGCAUCGUCAUGCUCCUCUGUGCCAUCACGAUCUCCAUUGUUGUCCCCUUUGGAUAUGUUCCCUGGUUACACGCCAUUUAUGCUGUGACAGGAGCCAUCCUCUUUACUUUGUUCCUGGCAUUUGACACUCAGGUGAUGUUAGGGAACAAGCGCCUCACGAUAAGUCCUGAGGAGUAUAUUUUCGCCACCCUCAGCCUCUACCUGGACAUCAUCUACCUGUUCAGCUUCCUGCUACAGAUCACAGGAGGAAGCAAUGACUAAAACACCUCCUCUCCUCUGUUACAGCAGAGCCACUUUAAACUUGCCAUCUCACCAAACUCAAGAUGACAUGUUGGAACUUGGUACUUUGGACCAUGAUAUUGGUUUCAAAAUCUGAUGUGGUGGUUUUGAAAUGCUGACCUGUUGAUAUCUUCCAAUAACUGUUCAGUGUUUAUUUGUUGUUUUAUUGUUGUGGGCAUUCGGACACUCUGCAUCUUACAAUGAGCGAUUAAACGCUCAUUAGGCUCAGUAUGCAUCUAAUGAUCAGCUGUGGACCUCAAAAAAGUAAAUUAAGAAAAUAUGCAUUUUAAGACUCAACAGACAUGAGUUUGUUUAGUUCACAGAAGUGUUUGGACAAACAUAUAUAGAUAUUCGGUUGCAAAGUCUGAUGUAACGCGUCACGUGAUAAAUCUCCUUCCAGACCCAAAGAAAGAAAACACGUGUUUUUCUCUGCACUCGUUGGUUCUGGCGGCGCAGUGUAAACAGUAGAAGAAUGCAACGUUGUGUGCCCAUGUGCACCAAUCAACCUGAAACUUCGCUGGAUUUGUCUUUCUAUAGGCUUCCGACUAAUGGCAAAGAAAAAAGUAGAUGGCUACAGCUGAUAAGGUAAAUAAACAUGACUAUAUUAGACAUGUUACUGCCAAGUGGACCCAACAGAUAAUGUUAAUGUCACCUUCGCAAAAGUAUUUAAUUUAGAUCAGUGAUGGCAAGUGGAACGGGUAUCGUUAAGAAUCUAUAAAUUAUUCGUUUUUCAGUUCACAUUGUGCCAGAGCUAACUGGUGGUAGGAGAUGACAGCUAUGACCACCUACCAUGACGAUAACGUUUGUUUUUGUCCCGCAAAUGCUUUGCUGAGGAAAUUAGAGUAUUCUGACUAUUUACCCAGACUGACAACAAAUAUGACAAAAGUAAGUACUUUUAUGCACUUUUUGAGGCAUUUUAUGAAUGCAAGAACGCGGUCCCGUGUUACUAAACAAACACAACCUCACGUAAUGCUCCGCUGUGGAAAAUUUAAUUAGCUGCUUAAUUAGUGGUCGCAGUCCGACUGUCUAGCCAGACUGACAACAAUUAUGAGUAAAGUAAGUACUUUUAUGCAUUUUUUUUUGUGUGGUUUCUUGAGGCAUUUUGUGAAGGCAGAAAUGCGCUCCGACCUCAAAACACGCUUCUGUGACAUAAACCUAACGCACCCUCUCUUUGGCGUUUAAUGGCAGCCGGCAUCCUUAUUGUUGCAUUGUACCAUUUGUGACAUUUACAGACGUCACCCGACCAGAAUCAAAUGAAUUCAAGCCCUUUUUAACCUGUUCUGGUGCGCAAGAAAAUAAGUUUGUCAACUGACCGGCUCAGCCAUCACUGUAGAGAAACCCACGUGUGAAGUUUGUGCAUGAUAAAUCUCAUCGCGUAAGAUUUAUCACAUGAUGCGUUACGUCACGGCUUUGCAACCGAAUAGAUAUAUCAUUUUACAUUUAUCGUCAGAUCCAUAACAAAUUGGACAGUGACAGUUUUUGUAAUUUUGCUUCUGUGCACCACCACAGUUGAGUUCAAAUGAAAAAGACUUAUCUAUAAUUCAAUGCCUUUGAUAAAAAAAAUAUGGCAUUAAUAAUUUAGGAAUUACAGCCAUUUGUAUACAUUAUGCCUCCAUUUUCGGAGUGCAUAAGCAAUUGUAAAAACUACAUACAAGAAUUAUUUUAAUACAAAUCAUAAGUGUUCAUUUAUCAAUUACCUGUCUUAAGAAACCUGGCUGUAAACAUGGUAUGGCUGCGAAGCUACGCGCACUUUGAUUGGCUGAUUAUCAGUUGGAUAUUUUCCCAUAUCCGGCCCAGUUACCAUGACAAUCGGAACAAUUCAUUACAAACCAGGAAGCAAAAAACAAAAAUAAGUGUUCAUUUAUCAAUUACCUGCCUUAAGAAACCUGGCUGUAAACAUGCUAAUUUGUAAAAGAAACAAUUCUUAUAUUUAGUACACCCAAUUGUUAUAUGGCUGCGUCGCUACGCACACUCUGAUUGGCUGAUUACCAGUUGGAUAUUUUUUCCAUAUCUGGCCCAGUUACCAUGACAAUCGGAAAAUUCAUUACAAACCAGGAAGCAAAAAACAAUUAAAAAAAACCAAGUCGGACAUAAACAUACUCCAUAAAUAUCCAAACAGCAUCUGAAAAACACAGAUUGAAAGCUUACCAGCUAACGACUGGACCAUCUGUUAGCAAGUUCUUCAUGAAGGUGAAGCAAACAGGUCUGAGUCCGAGCCAUCAGCAGUUUUCAUAUUUGAGUGAUACUGUAAGUUUGUGUGCUUAUAUAUAAUAGCCAUAUAAUAAACAUAUUAACCUUGCUUGCUCGGUCUGUACGGGGAUAGCAGACCUCCGUGUUUUUCACACGAACCUUGCUAACACAACCUCAACCCAUCAGUCUGAUAUUUCCCCGUACAGACCUCGUGGUCGGUUAAUAAUCCUUUAUUGUUUUUAUGAAUGUGGUUGUAAUUUGUAAAUGGUUAAUGCAAGUUUUUUUUUAAAUCCCCUUGAAUUAAAGCUAAAAGUCUACACUACAAGCACAUCUUGAUUGUUUCAUUUAAACUUUAUUUUGAGAGUGUAGUGGCCCAAAACUAGAAAAACUGUCACUGGACAAUUACUUAUUGGUCUGACUAAAUCUGUAUAUGCACACAUUGGUAGAUAAUUAGUAUUUUACUAUAUGUAUUAAAGAAUUUCGUACUAAAUACAGGAUUGUUGUUCAAUGACGACAUUUAUAAAGGAGAAUGUGGUAUCUACUAAUAUAAGCAACAGGUUGGUUGUCAUCGGUGGUGUAUCACAGCAACUGAUGUUCAAGGUUCUUCAAAUGGAGUAAUAUCUCCACCUGGCGGGCAUUUACUAUUAAUGUAGGUACAGCGGAGUUUCUCCAAGAGCUUUCCUUAUUAAUUCUGUUGCCCUUUAUAUUGUGUUCCUAAUGUGGCCUUUGAGAUGUAAUGUCAUCACAUUUAGAAAAUUACUUAAUUUCAAUUCAUAUUUGAGCAUCAUUAAUCUUGUGUAAUAAGUAAAGCAAUGCUGUACAUAUUGUUGUGGACAUAAGUUUACGUUCACCUUCAACUUUUAAACUCAAUUUUCCCCCCAAAAAUAUGUACAUUAGAAUUAAGAUGUGUACUUUAUUUCCAUCUUAAAAGUUAGAUCAUUUAAGUAAGAUAUUUGCAAAGUUGAAAAAUAAUACAUUCUCAGUGGGUCAGCAGUCUCCACACACCAAGAUAAAUGCCUUUUAAAACAGCAUGAGCAGUUCCCAAAAAUGAUUUACAGUAAUUAACGCUUCUGCAGGACUAAUUGUCCUAGUUAGUUAAUUGAGGAACCUUUAGUUGCAUUUAUUUUGGUUGUAUUUAUUUCUUUUUUGGGAGGUGGUGGCGUAUUGGUUUGCACGUUAGGCUGAGAUAACCAGCAAUCCAGGUUUCAUUCUCGAUUGCAGCCACGCUUCCAACUGGCACAUUCAACAGCAGUGCUGGGAAGGAGUGAGAGACACGUGCCGUGGGAUCUUCUGGAAACAAGCUUCAGGCUUUCGUUGGCUACCCAUGUUAAGCAAGAUCCUCUACCUCUUAUAGGCCUACCCACAGAGACAGGGCUUUCUUGUGUUCAAGAGCAAGUGUAUAAAUUUGGAUAUCCACAGGUUUUGUGGUAUCACAAGUGACUGUACAAUCAAUUAUACAAAACUGUGUGCUCAAGGUCAGUAAAGCUUUUGAUGCUGACAAAGGAAACUUAGCCUCUUGUUUCCAUAACCUGACCCAACUUCCAGUUCAUACAAUCAAUGAACAGAAUGGGAGCAAGAAAACAUCCCUAUGAACCCACUUUUCACUAGGGAAUAUUCAUAAACUCUGCCCCUGCUCCACAAAACACUCAUACUACCUGUGUAUGGGUUGGAUAUGAUGUCCAGGAACGUACUGAAGGUCCUAUGAAUUCUCAGGAUGUCACAGAGAGCAGCCUGGUUAACCAAAACAAAAGUUUUGCAAAAAGCAACAUAUGCUACAAAAAGCCACCGCUGAUAUUCACUUUGUGCUGAGAGCUAGGAUGCUGCAGAUGGUUGAAUUCUUGAUCACUGAAUGCUUAUGUAUGUGAGACAAAUGCCAAAAUAAAAAUGUAUAUUUACUGAAUAUGUUUGACAGAUAUUUAUUUUUGAACCCAUGGCAGAGAUGUGGUUGCUUUUGGGAGAGUAUAUAUACAAAAUAAUCUUUCUAAUCUCCACCACCUCCCAAAAUUCCUACUUGAAAGAAAAAAAAAUUGUCAUGUUCAUACAAUUCUAUUUGCUACACAAUACAAUACUUGACAGUGGACAUGUUUUAAAAUUUACUGUUAUACAAGAGUACACCUUGGUUAUACGGUAGUGUGAUGACUUCCAACUGUCCAAAAUGUCAGUUUAUUCAACCAGUGUGUUGGUUAAAUAAUAAUUACUGCAGCAUCUGCCAGUAAUCAGUUAAUUAAAAGUACAAUGCAUUGUAUUAUUGAAAUCAAGACUUUUAUUAAAAAAAAGGAAAUCUGACAUUCAAAUUUAAAGAGAAAACAGAAAAAAUUAAAAUCAUUUCUCAACUGGUAAAAAAAAAAUAAAAAUUAGACGCUCAGACAAUUUAGCAACUCUGGCACAGGAAGACAACAGAAGCCAAGUGGCUUUGCAAAACAAAGUAAAACACCCCACUUUCCUUCUAACAAAACUGUACAAAAUGAGUUGUA